CAGGUUUCACAUUGCACAUUGCACGCAGAGCGGCGCGAACGUUGAACUAACGUGGGUCGGUUUGUGAGGCCCACCUGGAGAAUCAGAUCAUUGAAAGAGAAAAGACAAAGAAAAGAACCUGUCAUUUUCAGCAUCAGAUGUGCAAUAUGGAGGAGACAUUUCUGGCUUUGCUGGAGCAUUUUGCAAUGAAAACAGGUAGUCUCAGAAGAGAAUUGUAAUAAUAAAGUGGACAACUCUGCAUUGCAUGGUGGUAUCCUUUCCAUAUAUGCCAUGGAGAAGAAAAGUUUGGACGUAAAGGAAGAGGGUGGUGAAGAAGAGUCUGUGCAACUUAAGAAAGAGAACCUAGACAUUAAGGAAGAGCAGUGUGAGUGGUGGAAAAUAGGGGUCAAAGAAGAAUUAGAAUCAAAAUGUGGUAGCGCCGAGACACAGAAAUCAGAAAGUGUAAGCAAUAUCAAGGAAGAGGACCUUAAACCACAGUCUGCCUCUCAGUAUGAGUGUCCAGAUGAAGCAGUACCUGGAUUAGGCUUUACCCCUUGUGGACCCCUCUCCCCACCUCAGAAUCAUUCUGUCCAUGUGAAGUCAGAGUCUUCAGUGUUGUGCUUGAAGAGGCCUCCGAAAGAAUCCUGUUCAAGUUACUCUGGGAAAGGUCCUGGGGAUUUGCAACCUAUCUCAACUGCAUCAGAUGGGAAACAGGGCCCAAACCUGAUGGAACUGCUUGCACUUGGCCAAUUUAGACUGAACAGUCUGCCUAACCUUCUAGACUCUGAUUUACCAGAGAGUGGCAGCUUUUCCCUGUCUUCAGUUCCUCAGACGUCUGCUAAUCCAAGGCUACAACAGACACCCCAUAAUGAUAAUAUGAAGAAACCAGCAUCUGGAACUGAGCCUUUGAUAUCAGACAUUUUUCAGUGUGGGGCUGUACCUGUUGAAAAACAAACGAGGAUAGAUGCGAUCAACAGUCAAAAACAAAUUCAAAAUACGAACUCAGUGGCUUUGAGUGUCUGUCCAGCACAAAGGGGCAGUUUUUACCUGCAUAACUAAAUACAAAGAUAUUUGGAGUCA